GGCAAGAGAGGUACGCAGGCGCACAUUUCACCGAAGUACCGGAAGAAAAGAGCCGGUGCCGAGACGCAAUAGAGCGCCGCAUAGCCGCUCCUCUCUUCUUCGUUUCGCCGUUGGAAACCGUCGGUGGGCUCUCUGAGCCCACCCUUUCAUCGGUCAAACUGGCGAGCGCGUUAACCGCUGGCAUGAACCCCCACCAUCCGGGCCACUCCGCAGCCUACCCCCACCAUCCCUCGCUCUCGAGCAGUCCGCAUCAUCCAGGGCCCGGCGGGCCGCAUCACGCGUAUGGGACUGGUGGAGGUGGCGGAGGUGGCGGUGGCGGCGGCACCACGACCACCCCCGACUUACCCAGCCCGCAUUCACCUCAACAUAGUGGUGGUGCAGGCGAUCCCGCCACUCCUUACGGUGCCCUACAACCUGGACAGGGUAUGGGCAGCAACGGACAUCAUCAUAGCGGUGGCGGCAUGAUGCCAGAUCAUCCACAUCACCCUGGACAUCCCCAUCCGCAUAUGCCGGGGCAUCCCGCGUACCCGCCGGUUAAUCACAACAAUAACUGCACGCUCAAGCAAGAAGGUGUCCCUAGCGGGUCAACGGGUCUUCGGCAAUGCGCCGCCUGCGGUGUACAAAUAGUGGAAAGAUGGUUGUUGCUAGCGAUGGAUCGCUACUGGCAUAUUGGCUGUCUCAAGUGCACAUAUUGCAACGUAGUAUUGGGAGAGAUCGGCCAGUCCUGCUACACCAAAAGUGGCAUGAUCCUCUGCAAAGCCGACUACAGACGAAUGUUCGGCAGCAGUGGUGUCUGCGGGAGUUGUGGCAACGCGAUACCCGCGAACGAAAUGGUCAUGAGGGCUGGCGACUCGGUGUUUCAUGUGAAAUGCUUCAACUGCAAUAAAUGUGGCGGUCAGCUCGUCUCCGGCGACAGAUAUUACCUACUAUCGGGCUCGCCGAUUUGCGAAUCUGACUGGCACAAGAUAGUGAAAUCGUCGAGCGUCGCGGCAGCGGCAGCCGCGGCGGGCGGAAAUAGCGGCGCACCUGUUAGGAAAGGUAAGGUCGGCAGGCCUCGAAGGAGCCGCGAAUGAGGCGGCAACCCGGUCGGUCGCCCGAAGAAGGUGCAACCCUCUCCGCAGCCGACGCCCCCCGUCGUACCUUCGCCUCAGGUAG